UCUCCCUGGCUCCCAGCUGUUUCUAUGGGUGUUCUUUAUGAAGGAAAGAGAUACCUAUGAAAGCAGAACUUUUUCAUUUUAAAACAGUUUUUCAUACAUUAAUUAUUCAUCAGCCCCAAGGGAGGCAGGUAAAGAAAAGAUAUUGGCUUAAUUUUAUAAAUGGAGAAACAGAGGUAAAGCUUGUGACAUACCCCAUGACAAAAGAGAAGUUAGAGGUUUGUUUAAAACUUAGCUGUGUUGAAAACUUAGACUUGUCUUUUGUUCUGAUCCCUAGACCAUGCUUUUCUCAAAGAGGCUGUAGAUACUAGCACACUAUACUAAAGUACUUCGUAGGUGUCUUCCACAACAUUUUUCAUCUGUAGAUUUCAAGGCACUCUACAAAGAAAGAAUCUUUAUUUUGAUUUUACGCAUGAGAAACCAAGCCACAGAGAAGUGGAGUGUCUUGUUUUAGGGCACCUAACAGGUGUUUUCUUUUGAAUAUCACUGGAAUCACAGGAGCAUUAUUAAGGAGACCUGAAUUUGGAAGAUACUUUUAAAUGUAAUCUCUCUUACAUGGAGCCAUGCUGAAAUUCCAAGAAGCUGUUCAGCGUGUCAGUGUUUCCAGAUCUAUUUCCACCUUCUCAGAUACCUUGAUUGCCAGAAGGUACAUUCUUCAGAAGAAGCUUGGCAGUGGAAGUUUUGGAAAAAUCUAUCUGGUUUUAGACAAGAAGGCAAAACAAGGAGAAGAGUUAAAAGUUUUGAAGGAAAUCUCUGUUGGAGAUCUCAAGCCAAAUGAGACAGUUGAAGCAAAUCUAGAAGCACAGCUACUCUCCAAGCUAGAUCAUCCAGGCAUUGUCAAGUUUUACGCAAGCUUUGUGGAGCGAGAAAGUUUCUGCAUCAUCACUGAAUAUUGUGAGGGUCGAGAUCUGGACUGUAAAAUUCAAGAGUACAAAGAAAUUGGGAAAAUAUUCACCGAAUGCCAAAUAGUAGAAUGGUUUAUACAGUUGGUACUUGGAGUCAACUAUAUGCAUGAAAGGCGAAUACUUCACAGAGAUUUAAAAGCCAAAAAUAUUUUUUUGAAAAAUAAUCUUCUUAAAAUUGGUGACUUUGGAGUUUCUCGUCUCUUGAUGGGUUCAUGUGAUCUGGCAACUACAUUUACCGGAACACCUUACUACAUGAGCCCAGAGGCCCUGAAACACCAAGGAUAUAACACAAAAUCUGACAUCUGGUCACUAGGAUGCAUUUUAUACGAGAUGUGCUGUAUGGGUCAUGCAUUUACUGGACACAAUUUUUUGUCCAUUGUGCUAAAAAUUGUAGAAGGUGACACACCUUCUCUUCCUGACAAAUACCCAAGUAAACUGAAUGCAGUUCUGAACAGCAUGCUAAACAAGAAUCCUUUAUUGAGACCGUCAGCAGCAGAAAUUCUAAAAGUCUCCUACAUUGAUGAACAAUUACAGAAUUUCAAAUGCAAAUUCACAGAUAUAACUAUGAAGGACAAGACACUUAAUUGUCAGAAGGAAGCUGCUCACAUUGUUGAUGCUGUGCAGAAAAAAGUCCAUUUGCAAACUCUGCGGGAGCUGUCUGAGGUACAGAAAAUGACUCCACGGGAACGAAUGAGGCUGAGGAAAUUAAAUGCUGCAGAUGAGAAAGCAAGGAAGCUUAAACAGCUGGCAGAAGAAAAAUAUCAAGAAAACUUAAAAAGAAUGCAAGAACUGAGAUCCCGUAAUUUUCAACAAUUGAGUAUAAAUGUGCUUCAUGAAUGUGAUGAACAGACUUCAGAGCCUUUGAUUCAUUCUCAGCCAGUCACUGCACUGGACUAUGUAUCCAUAGGACAUGAUGAACCAACUGAAAAUGAGGCCCCAAACAGACUUUGUAUGUCUGAACCUGUGGACCAUGAGAUCCCUGAAGAUCCACAAAUUGCAGAAGCAUAUUAUAAUGAUGAGUUUGAUUCUUGCUCAGAAUCAAGUGAAGAAGAGGAGAAAUACAAUGAAGAGGACGAGGAUGCUAAAAUAUCUCAGUCUGUUUCCAGAACAAAUCAACAGGACAGUGAUGUUGAGGCAAUGGUCAUGUAUUUGGAAAAUGUCCUGAAUAACAGCUCUCUAGGCACUGGGACUGUCAUCAGAGUGGCUCCAGUAGUGCCCCAGGGAUUCAGAGUGAUCAACAACACCAUGGCUGAGACCAAGCUGAAACGCAUGAGGGAAUCAGCAAUUCAGAAGUUGGGAUCGGAAGUAUUUGAAAGGGUUUACAGCUAUCUCAAGCAAGCAAGACAGCAGAAUACAAGUGAGGAUGAGGUCAAGGAAUACCUAGAAAAAGUGGUUUCUAGAGCAAGUGACUGUUUUGAAGUGGAUCAGCUUCUUUACUUUGAGGAACAGCUGUUUGCUUCAGCAGGAGAUGCUCAAAUGUAAAAGGUACAGCAAGACUGGACAAAGCUGGAGUUUGGUGAAAUUGCUGUCAACAAAUAAGUAUUGAUUGCUGGGGUACAUGAUGGGGCAUA